CGUGUAGCUCGUGCGCGGCAUGUGUCGAACUGCACGGAAUCGAUUUCCAUCGCUACCACCACGAUAUGCUCACGGUAACAUUCAUCAGACACGGAGAAUCCGAAGAUAACAUUGUACGGGCUCAACACAACUCUUUGACAUACUCACAACACGCGUGUUAGAAAUGGAUCUGGGCAGGAUGGAAAGACUCCCCUCUGUCUGCUCACGGCAGAAAGCAGCAGCAGCAGGAAAGUUCUUUUCCACCACCAAAUUCACCGCUAUCUACGCCUCUCCACUUCUACGUGCCUUACAAACAGCCGAAGCCGUUCGCGACGCGAACCAACAUCCUCCGUCAACUAUAAUUCAAAACCCAAAACUCCGCGAACAACACUUCGGUAUCGCCGAGGGCAACUCCUGGGAAUCCGCCAUUCCACGAGAAGCUUAUUCCACUCUGGAAGAGGGCUUCGCCAACGGUGUUUUCCCGGUCCUUACCGGCCGUGACGAACAUUUUCCAGAGGGAGAGAGCUUGAACGACCUGGCAAGGAGAGCCGGAGAGGCAAUCCACGAAUGUGUUUUACCUCAUCUGCAAGGCGGAAAUCCAGAUGGCCACAUCUUACUUGCCAGCCACGGUCUCUGUAUCAGCGAACUCGUUGCUGCACUGGUCAGGAUGGAUCCGGACGCAGACCCUGGUGUGGAUUAUCGAGGGUUGUUCAACACCGCUUGGACUCGAGCUAUUGUCUCUCUAAAGGACCCAGCUUUGAAACAGUUUCAAGUGUCAAAACCACCCGCUUUGAAUGUGACCAUCACCGAUUUCAAUGUAUCCACUCACCUACAGGACGUCGGCGUGCUACCCGUCAAGACGGCUGACGCGAAGCAAGCUUUCUUCGCAGGUAAAGCAGAUGCGGUUUUCUCUCCCGCCGCUAGUGAGAAACUUUAG